AUGAGUGAGGAGGAGUGGGCUGAACACCUUCUUAAAAACCAAGCCAUAAGACUAGAAACCAUUAAAAAGCUUAAGAAUGGUGAUGUUGUAACAGGAACAAUAUCCAGCAUAUACCAAUACGGUGCUUUUAUUAGAAUCACAAGGCAUAUCACCGCUAGAAUACAAAUAGGAGAAAUAAGCAGUAGAUUUGUCCAGGACUGGGCAACCCUCAUACACCUCGGCCAAAGAGUAAAAGUUGUCCUGUUUGAUAUUGAUUAUGACACAGGGAAGCUUGAAGCAUCGAUUAAGAAAUAUGAAGUACUUAACUCAAUCGAAGCAGCACCCGCUGAGAGUACACAGUCAGAAUUAGCCAAUACUAUUGAAUCUGAAGCACAGCCAUUAGUAUACGGCAUAGAUGAUAAUGAAGAAACAGAAGAAGAAAGUUCUGAUGAGGAUGAAGACCUUAAAAUGGAACUGUUCAACAGUAAGGAUAGUAUUACUCCAUGGACUAAGCGUAUGCAGAAUAUGCAGCCAGAUGGUCUUAUUAAGAUAUUCAACAAAGCCAUCAAUUACUUACAGUCACCCGACUCUAAAAAACAAAUCUGUCUCGUAUACGUAACCCUACUUGGGGAUAUUAAGUGCCCUAUUAAACCAGAAUAUUUAGUCCCAUUAGAAGAGGGUAUUAAAAGAGAAGGCAGUGUUUUCCUUAAGAAAGUAAUCGAUACAAUACGUACGGGUAAGAAUAGAGAGUUAUACAGGGAUGUCUGUAUACGCUACAUAAAAGAAAGGAGUACUUCCCCAUUCGGGUAUAAAGAGUUAAUUAACUACGCACGGAUUGAGAAGAGUCUCGAUCAGGCCAAAACCGUGCCUGACCUUCUGUCACGGGCUGAUAUGAAACAUGCAGACAGGAAGUCCGUUGAAAUUGCUUAUAUAGAAGCACUGUACGGCCUGUCAAAGAUUGAAGGAAGGUCGGUGAUUGAGCAGCAGAUAUCUAAGAUAGAGAAUAAAAGCAAGGAAGAGUGGAUCAUUAAGUACAUCGCACUUGAAAUGGGAAGUAUUGACAAGGCAGCAGAUAUUGCAUACACCAGGAAUGUCCUGCAUAAAUCGGUUAAUUCAACGGGCAUAGCAGAAGAGGCCAUUAAAAGCCUGUUUAAAAUGUACUUGAAGUUUGAAAAGGAGUACGGGACAAAGGAGAGGGAAGAGAAAGUGCUUGAACUAGCAAAGGAGUACGUUGCUAAAUUAGACAAAUAA